ACUGCUUUAGUCAUAUCGCACACUGAACCGUCUACCUCGAAGCUCGCGGCGUAACAUGAGCGUCAGGAACUCGGAUGCUCGAUCUCGCGAAAGGUCCUGUAAGAGGAAUCCUCACGUGGACGCGUCUGGAGCAUGAAAACACAUCAGGACCACAGACUCAGGGAAAGCUCCGCUCCUCUGUCUCCUCGUUGACAAUUUGCGGGUGUUUUUAACACUUGGACUGAAUAUGUACCAGGGACAUUCACAGUUGUGUAGUGAGCAGCAAGAGAGUCGCCCCUUACUGAGCCCUUCUAUCGAUGACUUCCAGAGCGAGAGCAAGACUGAUGGAGCCACACGAGCCGUCACCUCCAACACAGCAGUGUUGUCUACUACACUGGAUCUGGUGGACCUGAGUGAGCCGUGCGAGAGGAGAUGGAGCUGGGACAGACGGAGUCCUCGAGGAUCUCGCAAAAAUGGCUUCUCCAAGAGCAGCCUGCGCAAGAAGAAGACAGAGGAGACGGAGCUGAUACAGGUGGAGACCGAGCCGUCAUCGCCCAGCCGCUCCAACCCCGAGAGAGCAUCCUUAGAUUCAGUGAGCAGCUCACCACUGGACAAAUGGGAAGAGAUGAGCCUUCACCCGGACAGUGCCUUGAACGGAGGGCGCAAGUGGAGAAAUGAGAGGAAGAGAUGCACCUCCAACCAUUCAUCCAGUGAACUUUUGUGGUCUGCAGAUUUUAAAACAGACUUCACGAACAGGCACAGCGCCCUGGAGCUCAGCAUUAGCACAGAAUCAGACCCCGGACCGGCCCCUCAGCGGCAGAAGCCCCAGCUGGGCGGCUCUUUACUUGGUAGACAACAUUCAUUAGAGGAGGAGUUUGUUCGAGCCAAGGCUGCUGUAGAGUCAGACACGGAGUUCUGGGAUAAAAUGCAAGCCGAGUGGGAGGAACUGGCACGGAGGAACUGGCUGGAGGAUGCUGACAGCGAAGGCCUGGUGCCGCUCAACUUUUCUCCUACUGAGAAGGGUUACUUCUUCCAUGCCAAUAACCCGUACAAAGACUUCAGCAAUGCCUUUGAACAGGGGCAGCAGAAGUGCAGGGAUGGGGAUCUGAACAGUGCUGUUUUACUGCUGGAGGCCGCUAUCUUACAAGACCCUCAGGACUCAGAGGCUUGGCAGGUUUUGGGCACCACACAAGCGGAGAAUGAGAAUGAGCAGGCGGCCAUUGUUUGUCUUCAGAGGUGUUUGGAGCUGCACCCAAACAAUCUGAAGGCCCUGAUGGCCCUGGCGGUAAGCCUGACCAACACCGGGCAGCAGCCGGAGGCAUGUGAGGCUCUCCAUCGCUGGAUCAGAUACAACCCCAGAUACAGCCAUCUGCUCCAGGACCGCAGCCCUCUGGACGGCUCGCCACUGCCCCGCCGCAGAGGCUCCUCAAUCUCCCCCAUGUCCACACUCGGAUGUUCUCAGCUGGUGGAGGUGUUGGAGCUCUAUCAGGAAGCAGUGCAGCUUAACACUGAAGAGGUGGACCCUGAUCUCCAGACGGGCCUGGGGGUCCUCUUCAACCUCAGCUCAGAGUUUGACAAAGCUGUGGACGCCUUCAACGCUGCACUGUCCGUCCGACCUGAGGACUAUCUGCUGUGGAAUCGGCUCGGUGCCACGCUGGCAAAUGGGGACCGCAGUGAAGAAGCGGUGGAGGCCUAUACCAGAGCCCUGGAGCUCCAGCCAGGCUUCAUUCGCUCCAGAUACAACCUCGGCAUCAGCUGCAUCAACCUGGGGGCACAUCGGGAGGCAGUGAGCAACUUCCUGACAGCUCUGCACCAGCAGAGGAAGAGCAGGAGCCAUAAGGUGAUGUCGAGCAACAUCUGGGCCGCUCUGCGCAUCGCCCUGUCCCUCAUGGGUCAGCCAGAACUUUUCCAGGCAGCCAGUGUGGGAGACCUGGACCUCCUGAUGAAGGCCUUCAACAUGGACAUGUGAUCAAACCCAGACCUAUGAAGUCUGUCAUUCACUGACAGCAGACACAAAAGCGAAGCCAGAUGGAGUACGGGAUGUCAAUUUGAUAUGCAGAGAGUGCACAUCUAUUUUUGUUGUAUUUAUAGGCAGCCUUUGUCUUCUUCAGAGGCCACUGAAGAGGGCGUACAUACAGUGGAGAUCGAAAUUUAUAAACACUUGAUUUUCAUUUUUUAGAAAUAAUGUCAUUGCAUUAUUCAAAAUCGGAAGGGAUUUUCAUUGUGGCUAUACUUAGUUUGCAGGACAGUUUUUACAAAAUAACUAAACACUUGUAAAAAAAUUGUUCUCAAAAUUUGAGUACAACAAAGAUUGUAGCAUGAAGAAAGAUUACCACUAAAAUUUCUGGAGGUUAAAAUAUCACUUAGAAUUUUCAAGAGAUUUUAAUAAGGUUUACAUCAGGACUCUGGGUCUGCCAUUUCAUUAUUUAGCUUAAGGAACUGCUUUACAUGUUUUGCUGUGUGACAGUGCGUUCAUUGUCCUGCAUGAUUUAACUACAGACAUGUCAAGCUUUAAAUUGAAAAAAAAAGGGUCAUUUUUGAGCAAGAUGCUAACGGUCUAAUCUGAUUCAAUGAUGUAUGCUAAGCUAAAAGUGCUUACGCCAGACCCAACGAUUGGCUGAAUGGAUUUAAAAAUGCUCUCAUUUUGGCAUAAUAAUCAAGAAUCUUUGCAGAUGUACCAUGGCACAAUGGUAUUACGCAACGGGUAAAAAUAGUCCCUAGCUAAGUAAUUUCCAACAUGGUGGAACAGGCAGUUCCUUGAUUAGUACGCCGGAUAGCACCUAGCAAUAUCGGCCUAGAAAAUAGCAACUUUUUAUUCUCUGUUGGUCUCAGUACACAAUGUAGCUACAGAAGGAUCAAGCUUUAAAUAUAAGAAAAAUGUCAAAACUCUUUGGUCAUUUUUGAGCAAGAUGCUAAUGGUCUAAUCUGAUUCAAUGAUUAAUGUUAAGCUAAGCUAAAAGUGAUUACAGCAAACCCAAAGAUCGGCUAAAUGGAUUUUAAAAAAUGCUUUCAAUCUGGCAUGAUAAUGAAGAAUCUUUGCUGCUGUACCAUGGCACAAUGAUAUUAUGCAGCACCUAAAAAUAGUCCCCAGGUAAGUAAGUUCCUACAUGCUUGCACAGGGAGUUCCUUGAUUAGUACGCCAGAAUGGGAGUAUAGUACCUUGCCAUAUCUGGCUACAAAAUAGCAACUUUUCAUUUUCUGUCAGUCUUAGUACAUGAUAUAACUACAGUAGAUUCAAGCUUUAAAUAGGAAAAAAAAUCUAAACUCUUUGGUAAUUUUUGAGCAAGAUGCUAAUGGUCUAAUCUGAUUCAAUGAUUUAUGCUAAGCUAAGCUAAAAGUGCUUACGCCAGACCCGAUAAGUGGCUGAAUGGAUUCAAAAAUGCUGUACCAUGGCACAGUGAUAUUAUGGAGCUCCUAAAAAUAGUCCCCAGCUAAGUAAUUUCUAUCCUGCUUGCACAGGGAGUUCCUUGAUUAUUACACCGGAAUGAGAGUAUAGUACCUAACCAUAUUAGCGUAGAAAAUAGCAACUUUUCAUUUCUCUCGGUCUUAGUACACAAUGUAGCUACAGAAGAGUCAAGCUUUAAACAGGAAGAAAAAAAAAUCUAAAUGUUUUGGUAAUUUUUGAGCAAGAUGCUAAUGGUCUAAUCUGAUUCAAUGAUUUAUGCUAAGCUAAGCUAAAAGUGCCAGACCCAAAGAACGGCUGAAUGGAUUAAAAAACGGUUCAACUUAACUGUUUAACUGUAGGGUAGCUGCAAAAUCGAGCCUAUUUUCAACAAAAAAAGUGGAGUGUUUUAAAAACAGGAGAGCAGGCUAAAAAGUGACUUCGAAAUUUAGGAAAAUGCUGGCUGUUCUAUCAAUUUUGAUCUCCACUGUCUUUUACUGAGCACAAACGAAGGAGGUAAGCGAAAAGUAGAGGAACAAAAGCACUUUUGUUAGUGAUAUAUUACUGUAAUGUUUUUAAGCUUAUUUGAAAUCUUUGUAUACUUGAGGAAAAUGAACCAAACCUUGUUGGGGAAUAUCGGAGGUGCUUUUAGGAUAAGAACAGAAUAUUAAUCCUCUCAACAACACAAAAACUAGCAAUGUAUCAUGGUCAAUUCUCAUUCGACCUGUUUAGCUUUUGUCCAUCCCGUUCAUCUCACAAUAUAAAUUCAUGUUCUUCACCACAAGGUGACGCUGUUGUCCCACUGAAGAGAGUAAAGCCAUACAACAUAUCCAGUCAGAUCUCAGAAGUCAAUAAGGGUUCUACUUUAGGACACAACACUGUUUCAGGGGUGAUCUACGCCCAGGUGUGCGGGCAGGGUGUGUCCCCCAGGCCAUCUGUCUUCCAGCAAGCCACUUUUUAAUGCGCUGUGCUGCAGGGCAUUGUGGAUCAGGGCUCGGUAGGGGAGCAACUUCAAAGGCGCUGCGUGAAAGGUCACAGCAAAAGCAGCAUCAUGUUGAAAGUGAGCGAGUUUAUGUUUGAACGUGAGCCCGAACGUUUAAAAGGAAAGGAAUAAAUUCGUUAAUCUAUAAACAACAUCAUCUUGGGCGUGCGGUUCGGGCGGCAAGUUUAAAGUGCAUUUAAUGUGACUGGAAUCCCUUUAUCUUGUAGCGUUAUACAGUUAAGAUUUCAGCCCCUUUGUGUUAGGUUGGUUUACUUUUAAAGACUUAACUAUGCAAACCUUAACCUUUUAUUUAUUAACCAAAAAUCUUAAUGGGGGUGUCCUUCAGAUGGAUCUAUAAUUUUGCCACCAUCCACCAUUAGUGAGCUGAGAUUAUUGAAGGAUACAGAACGAGCAAAAACAGAUUAAAAUGCAUUAUUAGACGCACAUAGAGUUUAAACAUUAUAAAAGAUUUGGAGAAAUCUGCAUCUGCAUGUAUGAUACACAAACAGAUAUUCUGCUAUUUAAACUCACCGGCCACUUUAAUAGGUACAGCUGUCCAACUGCUCGUUAAUGCAAAUUUCUAAUCAGCCAAUCACAUGGCAGCAGCUCAAUGCAUUUAGGCAUGUAGACAUGGUCAAGACGAUCUGCUGCAGUUCAAACCGAGCAUCAGAAGAAAGGUGAUUUAAUUGACUUUGAACGUGGCAUGGUUGUUUUUGCCUGACGGGCUGCUCUGAGUAUUUCAGAAACUGCUGAUCUACUGGGAUUUUCACGCACAACCAUCUCUAGGGUUUACAGAGAAUGGUCCGAAAAAGAAAAUAUGCAGUGAGUGGCAGUUCUGUGGGCGCAAAUGCCUUGUUGAUGCCAGAGGUCAGAGGAGAAUGGCCAGACUGGAUCCAGCUGAAAGGCAACAGUAACUCAAAUAACCACUCGUUACAACCGAGGUCUGCAGAAGAGCAUCUCUGAACACACAACACGUCCAACCUUGAGGUGGAUGGGCUACAGCAGAAGAAGACCACACCGGGUGCCACUCCUGUCAACUAAGAACAGGAAACUGAGGCUACAAUUCACACAGGCGCACCAAAAUUAGACAACAGAAAAUUGAAGAAACGUUGCCUGGUCUGAUGAGUCUCGAUUUCUGCUGGGAUGUUCAGAUGGUAGGGUCAGAAUUUGUCAUCAACAACAUGAAAGCAUGGAUCCAUCCUGCCUUGUAUCAACUGUUCAGGCUGGUGGUGUAAUGGUGUGGGGGAUAUUUUCUCGGCACACUUUUGGGACCAUUAGUACCAAUUGAGCAUCGUGUCAACGCCACAGCCUACCUGAGUAUUUUUGCUGACCAUGUCCAUCCCUUUAUGACCAGUGUACCCAUAUUCUGAUGGCUACUUCCAGCAGGAUAACACGCCAUGUCACAAAGCGUGAAUCAUCUCAGACUGGUUUCUUGUGCAUGACAAUGAGUUCACUGUACUAAAAUGGCCUCCACAGUCACCAGAUCUCAAUCCAAUAGAGCACCUUUGGUAUGUGGUGGAACAGGAGAUUUGCAUCAUGGAUGUGCAGCUGACAAAUCAGCAGCAACUGCGUGAUGCUAUCAUGUCAAUAUGGACCAAAAUCUCUGAGGAUUAUUUCCAGCAUCUUAUACUAUGCCAUAAAGGAUUAAGGCAGUUCUGAACUGCCAACCCAGUACUAGUAAGGUGUACCUAAUAAAGUGGCCGGUGAGUGCAUCUUUAACCUUUAAAGUGAAUGUAAUUACUAUUAAUGUACAUUUUUAAAGCAAAAUUACAACAUGCUAUAUAUAUGUGAGAUAAUAUUUAAAAUCAUAUGCCAUGUAUGAAGCACAUUACGAGGGCAUUAUUUAAGACACUUGUCUUGUAGUAAAUCACAAUAGUUUUGCUAUGACCCGAGCUGUUAUGUAACACUACAUACAAUUACUAGCAAAUAAAUACAUAUAUAUAGAGAGAAUAGCAGAAGGAAAUAUUUAUUUUUUAUUCAUGUAAAUUAGAUCAUUUCAUUGGAAUGAAUAGUCAUAAAAUGUAUGCAUGUCUACCCAUCAAGUAUCAUCUUUCAAGGUGUCCUUCAUUAACAUGUAAUAUACCUAAGAUGCAUUUAUAACCAGUUUAUUAAAGGUGUAUUUUAGAAG